GUAAAAUGCUGUGUUUACUUUGUAAGGGUAAGGAGGUAAAUGAUCUUUCUAAGAAGGAAUUUAUGCAUCCAGGCAUAAUUGAAGGAAUCUUACAGAAACAAAACGUGAAUUUGAUUUACGUGACCGAUAUGUGUUACACUGCAAUUUGUUAAUUAAAGCCUGGCAUAAACCUGUAUAAUCAUAGUCACCAUGAUAAGAAUUAACACUUACGAACUUGAAGACAAGCUGUGCUAAGCAAGAUAUUAAAAAGAGCAUGGGCAUGUAGGAGCACUAUUUAUCAGACAUUACAAAGUGUAAAUGAAGUUAAAUUCUUCAUUACUUUAUACCAUCAUGGCAGAAAAUUCCACAACUAAUUACAAGAAAACUGUGGGAAUCAAUUCCCUGUAUAA